AUGGACAAGCAAAGGGAGGCCCUGAGUUUAGCUUUUCCAAGCUACACUCGGUUUGUGUGUCUAACGGAUGCUAAGCCCCUCUGGACUUUGACCCGCGCAUCCCGCUGGGGCCCGCGGGAGCCCACAGUGUCCUUGACUGGAACGCCGCCUCCCCUUCCCCUGGGCCGCGGCUUCCCACCCGCGCCGGGUCCCUGCCGCCUCCGCCGGCCCGCAGCCCCCUCGCUCCCGCGCUCCCGCGUCCCAGCAUCCCGGCGUCCCGGCUCCUGCGACAUGACGCUGAAGGCGAGCAAGGGCGAUGGCGGGGGCAGCAUGCGCACGGCGCUCUCCGACCUCUACCUGGAGCACUUGCUGCAGAAGCGCAGCCGGCCCGAGGUGAGCGGGCGCCGGGCCUGCGGGGCGGCCCUCUGCGCGCCGGGUGCGGGGCCCUCGCCGUCUCUUCAGGCCACGCCGCCCGCCGCGCGAUCUCUCCGGCCUGGGCCCUGUGCCCAGGGGCCCGGUUCCCCGGACAGAGUCCGCAGCGGCCGCGGCGUGGUUAGCGGGAGUGGGGUCGGGUGGCGAGCGCGCGAACCCGCUCGGGCCGGGCACCGGGUGCGGGGCGUGGUGGUCCUCGCGCGCAGCUAGCCCGGAGCAGCCCUUCCAGGCGGAAUGAGGAGAGGCCGCGGGCCGGAGAGAGCGGCUGUUAAGGUCAAGGGAAGCUUGGUGGAUGGAGACCGAGUUAACAAAAGGACUUUAAGAAGCAUAUCUGAGAGGAGGACUCCCCGGUUGGGAAGUGCUUGUGUUUAGGUCAGCAAGGGUGGCUGUAAAAGCCGACUUGAGGGUUUAGAGCCCUCACUCGCUGUCCCUCUGCAUUGAGGCAGGUCCCCUUGUGGCACGAGAUAGAUGGGGUGGCUUGUAGGUAUUCGCAGGUGGCACAGUGACGCCAAAGAUUUUGGAGGCGGUUCGGCCUUCCAGACUCUCACGGUGAUGGUAAAUAGCUGGUAAUCUCUGUCCUCAAAUAUGUGCUGAGGCGAGGUGUUGCGGUUAUCCAGUGGUCACAGCAAAUCUCCCUCAAACUUAGUGGCUUCUCAGCACAACAGUCGUUUUCUUUUUCUCUCUCCAAGUUUUGGAUGUGGAUCAGACCCAGGGAGGUGGUUGUCACUCGCGGUCUCUCAGGGGGUUGCAGUUAGACGCUGGCUCACUCAUCUGGAGGCUAACGCUGGCUGUGGGCUGCAGCUGGAAGCCAGAAGACCUGCCAGUGGCCUCUCCAUGUGGCCCAGCCUUCCUCACAGCAUGGGGAUCAGGUAGCAAGAGAAAUAUCCAGAGAGAGAGAGAGAAAGAGAACCGGGCAGAAGCUGUAUUUGAUGACCCAGCUUCAGAAGUCUCAGCGUCAUUUCCGUCCCCGAAUCCAUUUCCCUGACUGCAAGGUCCUCCGGGGUUUCAUACUCAGUUCUUUAUUUUGGGUGCCUACCGCAGUAGUGCCUCAGAAAUGCUUACUGACUUAAAGGACCAAAGAGAUAGACAUUAGCGAUUUACAGGUGAGGAAACUGGGCGAUCCAUGAGGAAAAGCAAACAGUAGAGCAUAGACUCUUCAGGAAGGGUGAAAUUAGCUCAAAGAAACAAUUUAUAUGCAUUGGAACUGAGGUUAGAUUUUUGUGCCUGCAGUCAAAGCUCAGUGUUUUUUCUCCUUCACCAAAUGCCUCACCUGUAUAUACUGACCAGAGUGCAGUGUUCAUACCGUCCGUCAUUUCAGUCUGGGCUCAAAUGAGUGACUAAAUGAACAAGCAGGGAAGACACUGUUUUCUCUGUUAGAUGAAAAAACAAAAUUGGCAGUUGCUUGAUGGGAUCUGCACUGGAUGGGAAGCAAAGUUUAAAACAAACUGGUUCCAUGGAAGUUUGGAUGUUUGAUUUUUUUUUCUUCUCUAUAAUCAGAGUUCAUUUCGUUGAGCUUUAAUUUUUAAAAAAUCUUUUUACUGAAUUUAUUUUUGGCAGCUUUAUUGAGGUAUAAUUUGCAUACAGUAGAAUUCGCAGCUUGUAACUGUACACUUCAGUGAGAUUUGUCAAAU